CUUCUAAGCCAGAUAUCAUGUGCUUGAAACCGUAGCACAAAUAAUUAGUAUGAUACCUAUCAUGAAGUUGCAAUACAACUAUGUAAAUUAUCAAUUUUAUUUUAACACGACGACACGAAUAAAAUCAUCGCUAGCGACUGUCAAGGUGAAUAAAUUCCACAACUGAGAACUGCAUACGACUAAAUUAAGUAUUCCGAUUCUCUAGAAAACCGACACAAUUCAACAAACCGGCAAAUAGUGAACUUUAAAUUUCCAAUCAUUUAAAAUGAAUUCGCGUGAUGCCACAGCUAAAAAUGAUGUACCAAAUCCGGACUAUUCGUAUUCCAGUACCACAACCACAACCACCAAAAAUCAUGAAACACAGAGCACUUCAGAAACUGACAAAUUUCCUCUGCUGUUCUCAAAAAGGUUAGUAAUUGUUACGUUACUUUUUGUGGGGAACAUUACCGCAUUUCUAAUAAAAUAUAACGUGAAUGUCGCUGUGAUCGAUAUGACCUUCCAGAAGCGAGUUAAACUUGGUAAUGUGACAAUAAUACAACAACCAGAAUUUCGAUGGAACUCCAAAAAAAUGGGAACUGUGACGAGCCUAACUGCAUAUGGAGCCCUAUUAGCAUGCACAAGCGGAUUUGUGAUAUCCAAACUCGGUGCAUCAUUAAGCUGUGCUUUGUGCAUGAUGAUGUGCGGUAUCACUACUUUAUUGUACACGAUCACUUUGCACUAUAACUUCUAUUCGUUUGUGGCGUGUCGUUUAAUAACAGGCAUAUUCGUGGGCCUCCAUAUUCCUAUUCAUCUGGAAAUAUUUUCUCGCUGGGUACCACAAUGUGAAAGAGUAAGUCUGAUGGCAUUCAUCUAUAACGGGCUCUCCGUAGGCGUGAUGGUCGUUCAUCCUUUUUGUGGGUUGAUAGCUUUCAAAUGGGGAUGGCCCAUGAUAUUUUAUACUACAGGUUCCAUAAGUAUAAUAAUGGCGUUCCUUCUUCUGACCUUGUUGAAAAAUAGUCCAUCUGAAGACAAGUCCAUUUCCAAAAAAGAACUCGUAUAUAUACUCAAUGGAUUAGAAAUCAAAAACUCUACAAAGAAGGUGGUUAAUCCAUACAGAAAAAUUGCAACAUCUUUACCAGUUUGGGCACUAUGCAUCGCUAACUUUGUUCACAUGAGUGGAAUAUGUUUUUUAGCGGAUUGUCUCCCUUGGUAUAUCAAAGAUAUUACUGGAAAGAACAUCAAAGAUGUGGGGUUUAUUACAGCUAUUCCCAACACAGUCAGCAUGGUCAUGGUUUUAUUCACUGGCUUCUUGCUUCAGUAUUGGAAAAAUAAUAGCAAUAUUCCACCCACUCAGAUGAGUAAAAUAAUAAUGGCCUCCGGAUUCAUUAUCGAGAUGUUUUUGUUUUUGGCUAUUACACUGGUUUCAGAUUUCAUUACAAUAAUGUUGAUUCUAAUUGCUAUGCGUUUCAUUACGCCACUCAACAGUUUGAAUAUACAAUUGAUCGUGAUCAAUAUAGCUCCAGGUCAUACAGGGAUGAUCGCUGGCAUUGCUGAAUUCUGUUCUCAACUAGCUGCGAUACUAACUCAAACGAUUAUUGGUUUCUUGACUGCAAACCGAAGCAUGGAAGAAUGGAAUCGCUGCUUUAUCCUAAUAGCUGGAAUUUGUGCCUUCUCUACCGUUAUAUUUACUUUAUUCGGAUCCAACGAAGCUCAAGAGUGGGCUUUAGCACCAUCAUCCAAUCAUAAAGAUGAUCGUUAUUCUCCCGGCUCGUACAUAAAAACAAUCACGGAGUGAUAUUCAGAACAAUGCGGAGUUCACAAAAUACAUACCUACCUAUAGAAAUUGUAAACCUGUGGUUCAUUCGAGCGUUCCAUGAUUUUAUUAAAAAUAAAAGUUCAUUUU